AUGAGAGUUACGAAGCGUGCUUCCAAGAGGAGAUCUACCCGUAUGAGGGAGGGUCUUAAAAAGAAAGUCGCUGCCCAUGGAAGAAAACAAAGGAAGUUAGAAAAGAAGGAUCCAACAUGGAAAUCAAGAGUACGAAAAGAUCCAGGUAUUCCAGCUUCCUUUCCCUAUAAGGAGGCCAUUCUUGCCGAAAUUGAACAGAAACGUAGAGAGGACGAGGAAGAGAAACUAGCUCUUAAGGAAAAAAGACGCGCCGAAGCGGCAGCAGCUAGAAGUGCCCUUCCGGAUGAUGAAAAUUUGAUGGAUGAUGAGAGCGAUGAGGACAACGAUGGUGCUAACGGAUUAGCGGCUUUGCUACAAUCCGCCCAACAGGCAGCUAAAGCCUAUGAUGGGACUGAAUCCAAUGAUGAAAUGGAAGAGGAUGAUCUAGAGGUGAACGAAUAUGAAAUUGACUUCGAAGAAGACGAACGACUUGGAAAUGAAUGGGAAAAGUCUCGUAAAGCUUUCGACAAGAUUUUCAAAACCGUAGUUGAAGCUUCUGACGUUAUCUUGUACGUUCUAGAUGCCAGAGACCCGGAAGGGACUAGAUCUAAAAAAAUUGAGGAGGCUAUUUUACAGUCUCAAGGAAAGAGACUGAUAUUCGUUUUAAACAAAAUUGAUUUGGUGCCUGAUAAUGUGUUGAAGAUGUGGUUGGAUUUCUUACAGUCUUCCUUCCCCACUGUUCCUUUAAAGGCCAAUGGUGCUGCUUCUACGACCUUUAACAAGAAGAUGACCCAAGCAGUCACUUCUAAACAAUUGCUAGAGUCUCUAAAGUCAUAUGCACACAAAUCCAACUUGAAGAGAGCUAUUAUUGUUGGUGUUGUCGGUUACCCCAACGUUGGUAAAUCAUCAAUCAUCAAUGCUCUUACAUCUAGACACGGAGGAAAUGGUAAAGCAUGCCCAGUAGGAAACCAGGCUGGUGUUACGACAUCUAUGCGAGAAGUCAAGGUCGACAACAAGCUGAAGAUUCUAGACUCCCCUGGUAUAGUAUUUCCUUCAUCAAAGAAAUCAUCUAAAGAAUCGAUGGAAGCCAAGUUGGCUCUACUGAGUGCCAUUCCAUCGAAACAAAUUAAGGAUCCUGAAGCUGCCAUACAACUGUUACUUAAGAGAUUAGCCAAGAAUACCGAAAUGGCCGAUGGAUUCAAGAAAUACUACGACAUUCCACCUUUAGUUUCUUCCGACUUGGAAUCAUUUACAAAGGGUGUCCUUAUACACAUUGCUAGAAAACAGGGUAAACUUGGUAAAGGUGGUAUUCCUAAAUUAAAUGAUGCUGCUCUUGUGAUUUUGAAUGAUUGGAGAGAUGGAAAAAUUGUAGGAUGGACUCUGCCCAACUCCUCAAAAGCUGCCCAAGUUACCGAUAAUGAGGUUUCCUCAAAGGUUCCUCCUUUGACACCAUCAUCAGAGCAAACGACUAUCGUGAAAGAAUGGGCUAAAGAGUUUGAUUUGGAUGGCCUCCUGAACAUUUAA